AUGAGUCGACCGCUCUUCUGUGUCGCCGGCAUCGCGCUACUGGCGCUGCUCGUCGCACUCACAGCGGCCGUCCUGCGCCUCCUCCUGCUCGUCGUGCACCUCGUGACGCCGCGCUACACGCUCAUGUUGGGUUCGCUGGCGUUCGCGCUCUGGUUUGGAGUCUCGCGACGCCAGCGGUGCGCCAGAGGCUUUUACUCGUGUUCGCAAAAAGUGGCAACGACGCCACCGUCCGAGACAGAGUCGGAAGACGACGAGAACGAAGCAACGGCGGGACGGGUUUCGAGUGGCAGUGCGACGCUGGUGGCCAAUGGCUCUGCUGCUCCUUCUCCUUUUUCUUCUGUUGGACAGGACAAGAGGCUGGUGGACGUGAGGACGCGUAGAGAUCCGUUGGACGACGUACAACAGCAGCGACGGCCUUCGCGUCCGCGGUCCUCGUCGGCUGCCGACGACAUCCGAUCGAGUUUGGUGCCGGCUGGAAGCACAGAUAGUUGCAGUCGAGUGGACGCCGAAGAGCUCGAGCCGAAGCGCGUAGCACUACGACGUCGAGCUGACACGAGCAUGACGACGACGACCGGCAGCACGUUGAAGCAGCCCGAGCGCAUGAGGCGUGCGACGUUCAUGUCGAAGCAGGACCCCCACGUCGCGGCGGCCCGCAGACUCAGCUCGGACCGACUGGAGAAUACACUCGGCUCGGAUGGCUACUGGAUUGGGGAUUUCAGCAUGCAGCGACGAGUGGUGUCUCGCCGCAGCUACACCACCAGUCCACGACCAACUGCGCUGUGA